AUAACCAUAAAUUAUAUUUCAAUUGCAGAGCUUUAAAUUUGAUUACAAUGGCUGCAGAAUUGGAAUACGCAAAGAAAGUGCUAAAACUAUUGAAAGUUCCAAUUGGAAAAUUAUCUUUAAAUAAAAAUAAUACUGUGGUACAAACAUCAGGAACAGAAAGUAUCGUUGGCUUAGUGAGUAUUAUUCUAUCGGCUUUAAGGCAAACGAAUACUUUAUACAAGUAUGAAAAUCCAAUUGAAUACUUGGAAAUAGAGCAAUGGAUAGAUUACAGUAAUACAACGUUAAAGCAAAAUGUUUCAUUGAUUAAAAAUAUUCUUCCGGAAUUAAAUAUAAUACUCGAAGCCAGAACAUAUAUUGUCAGCACACGAUUAACAAUCGGGGAUAUUAUUCUAUAUUACGCAUUAAAUAGUGUUAUGAAAAAUUUAAAUCCAUACGAAAAGGCUCAAUAUCUAAACGUAUCCCGAUGGUUUGAUAAUAUCCAACAAGAUAUUUCAAUUCGACAAGAUUUACAACUUAUAAAUUUUAAUACUAAUUAUUUAUUAAGUACAGCAGUACUAUCUCACUGAAUUUUUUUAAUUUGUAAUAUUUAUUUUAUACAUGAAUAAACGAAUUCCAUAUUAAUG